AUGAGAUUUUUAAAACCUACAUUGAGCUGGAGGUCCCGCGCCUGGCAGCCAGUACCUCUGAGAACAUUGGCCGAGAACAAUAUUUGGUAUGCUGUCACGCAUGGUGAGGACGGCGAAGUUGGAAGGACUCUAGAGAGAUGGGAGAGUCUAAAGCAAUGGGUCACCGAAGUAGGUGAAGAUGAUAAGGCCUCACUAGUGAACACUUUCAGGAAUCUCAAACAAAAAGAUAUCGAAAAUAUUCAGUCUCAAAUUCGGGAUAUGAUGGUCGAUCUACACACAGGGGUAGGGUAUUCUCUUCUAUCUAUCGCCAUUUGCCGGAAUUUACUCAAAGACGUCAAGUUCCUGGUUCAGCACAAGGCCAUUUCCUUAAAUACACCAAGCGGCAGUAAAGGCCUUACACCGCUUCACAUAGCUAUCAUCACAGGACGUUCCAGUUUAGUUUUCGAAAUUCUUCAUAAUCGCUCAACGGCGCCGUCACAGCUAGUCAAUGCCCGUGACUACGACGGAAGAACAACACUACAUCACGCGGUAAUGAAGUAUGACUGGAACGAAGAAGAGCCUACAGGGAACACAGCCCACAAAGUUAUCUUACAACUUCUUAAACAUGGAGCAAAUAUCGACGCACAGAAUCAUAGCUUCCACACACCUCUUCAUCUACUUAUCAUCGAUGAUCUUAAUCAGGAGACAAUGCCAUUUGCUCAACUCCUUCUAGAAAAUGGGGCUGAAGUGAACACGAAAGAUGAGUACGGUGAUUCGCCCUUACAUAGUGCGUGUAGGCGCGGGCAUCGUGAAAUCAUCCGACUACUGGUCGAUUGGGGUGCAGAUAUGGAUUGUCGCAACUUAGACUGGACCACACCCCAAGAUCUAUUCUUGAGUAGAGAUGAAGUAUCCGAAAAUGAUAAAACUUUUGCUCUGGAAGUAUUCUCCAAGUUAAAGAAACCAACCAUGACACGCGAGAGAGUUGGGAACAUCCCGCGGGGUCCUACAGAGUGCCUUGAUGAGAUGAGAAACAUCUGUACUGAAUUCCCUGUUUACUUCCGGUACCAAUGGCCUGGACUAGACCCUAAGCCAGACGGAAACACCUCUAUGUCGUGGAUUCGAAGUGACAUGAAAGUUUCUCAUGUCCUUUAUCCAAACGACGAAAAGGACGAGGAGACGCUUGAACCCGUAUACGGCGGAGAGGGUUUCCUUGUCAACUGCGAGAGAAAAUUCAAAUCGAAAGCUUGGGAGGAAGAGUAUGGGUGUGACUUAGGUGAUAGACAUAAAGCCACUGGGCUAGAAAAUGGAAAAUACGAAAUUAGGAGUGUAGAAACACGGAACCAAGGACUGGAAGAUAAGAGGAAACAAGUCGAGGACGACGUGGGGAAGAAUUCAUGGAGAUGGAUCAAUUUCCCAUCUAACAAUAUGACAUGGAUCAAGGACUUCAUAAUACACAACGCCAGAUACAAUGAGAACAACAAAGUGGAUGGAAGAACAUGGAGGUUUUUCGAAGAGAAUAUCCGCAUCCAUGAGACAGACAGCUUAUACUCACGUGCUAGCAACAGCUGGGAUAGGAACGAUAAGACACUUCAGAGGAAGAAAGAAAACUCAAAGAAAAAGAUAGCAGAUAAUUCCCUGUCUAGUACCACUACCGCAGAGAAAGAGCAGGAUGAAAAGGAGGUAGAGCCCAGCGCGGCUCAGUCAUGGAAAAACACAGAUGCUUUCAUGUCUGGCAAGAUGUUAUCUUUGGUGGUGCCUUUUUUAGAUAUUGAGACGGAAGAUCAAGUCCAAUCUGGCUUUGACGGCCUCGAAACCCAAUGCCAAAGAGUCAAGAAACUUAACGAUGUGUACUCCCCUUUUACGGGUAUGCACGGUGUCCAGCACUCCCAAACACUGGACCAGAUUUACUACAACACUGAAAGCGAUGACACAAAGUUGCAUACGGAGAAGGAUCAAGUGAUAUAUAGGUGGUCUGAGAAAAAGAACACGGAAAGGAAACAGCAUCAAGAGCAUCAAGAGCAUCGAUCGCAGCAGCCCGACCAAGUGCGAAUUAAAGGGAACAAUGCUUCUAUUCCCCCGGGAGGAUCAGGCAGUACUGACCAGGGUAUGCUUCAAAAGUUAUCGGGAUUAUUCCAUAAGUUUUGGGGCCAACAAGAGCAACCCCAGCGGCUGAAUUCGUCAAAGGUAAUAAACACACAACAACUAGACGCAGACCCAAUAAGGCCAAAGAGGCACGGCGGUAGAAACGCUAAGAAUGCCAACGCCAAACGUAUCCGCGAAGAUCCUUCGCCAAAGUGGCUCAUGUCCCGGCAGUUGUGGCUAUGGAAACUUGAUGAUAAUACCAUCAUCACGGCGAUACCGUCUCGAGCAAACGGAAUGACGGCCGAUACCCUUCUCGAGACCAUACGCCAGGGUAACCUGGAUAUCCUCACGACGCCGAACGACCUCAUUAAGCGUAUACUAUAUGAGACAGUGACGUUCCUUGACGAAUUCAGGUGGGCGGGACUUGGUAACCAUAUCCUAGAUAUCUUCGAAGGAGAGAUUGCGACUGAGACGGACCGAGAGGCCGGGUUCUUCAAGAACUUUAGCAGUGGCAAUUGGAGUCCAAAUAACGUCAAUGGGUUUAUACAAGAAGCUGCCCACUGCACCUAUAGCGUCAGGGACAUCCGAGACGAGCUUCACCUGCUACGGCAAGUCUUCGAGACACAAGCCAAGGUAGUUGCAGACUUUGCAGCGAUAUUUUGGCCUAGCAGUACCUCUGGAAAUCAAAAACAGGGAAAUAUUGCUUCAAGGGACUUGCGGGAAAGCUUUAUUCGCGAUUGUGGUCUCCAGUCGCUCAUCCACCGAGUCAGGCGAAUGGAAAGUGAUGCGUCAACCACACUUGAGGGGUUGAGUACCAUCAUCCAAGCAAUGCAGGCCCAGGCAUCCCUCAAGGAAGCUGAACAAUCACGGUUCUUGAAUCUCAUGAUUCUACCCUUCACAAUUAUAACAGUCAUAUUUACCCCGCUCUCUUUCCUCACGAGCCUCUUCGCAGUGAAUACUUUGGGUUUCCCGCACAAUGACGACGGCGAACUACGAUUGCCGGCCUCGUGGUUUUCUUGGAGAAUGGUCGUCGGUGAGGUUUCCUCUCUGCUUCCCCUCGGGCUGCUGGUCCUCCUGAUAUACUUUUGGUAUGGAAACGAGAGUGAUACUGUUCCCACCCAAAAUACGGCACGGAAACGUUCAAGCCUGCGCAAAGUAGUGAAUCGGGAACAGCAGCAAUGUGCUGAUGUUUAA